GAGAGAGAGAGCGAGAGAGCGAGGGAAGGACCUCACUGUCUAGUUUCCUGCAAAAAAAAAAAAAAAAAAUCCAAAACAAAUCGUGACUCUGUAGAUUCUCGCGGAGGCUCGUCGCCUCGGAUCUGCUCGACUCGGACUGGAUUUUAUAACAUUUGCCGGGGUGGAGACUCGAGUCGCGUCUCUGAGGUUAUGAGCCGUCCGGAGACGCGUCGGUGCGUCGCUGUCCAGGGUCCUGAGUGAGACCACCGAGGAGUGAGUUCAGAAGCCCAGGAGCCAUGGAGUUGAGGGUGGGGAACAAGUAUCGCCUCGGGAGGAAGAUAGGGAGCGGCUCCUUUGGAGACAUUUACCUUGGUUCAAACAUUGCCACGGGGGAGGAAGUAGCCAUCAAACUGGAAUGUGUGAAGACGAAACACCCACAGCUCCACAUUGAGAGCAAAUUCUACAAAAUGAUGCAGGGAGGAGUGGGAAUCCCGUCCAUUAAGUGGUGCGGAGCCGAAGGCGACUACAACGUCAUGGUGAUGGAGCUGCUGGGUCCCAGCCUGGAGGACCUGUUCAACUUCUGCUCCCGCAAGUUCAGCCUGAAAACAGUCCUGCUGCUGGCCGACCAGAUGAUCAGCAGGAUCGAAUACAUCCACUCCAAGAACUUCAUCCACAGAGACGUGAAGCCGGAUAACUUCCUCAUGGGGCUCGGGAAGAAGGGAAACCUGGUCUACAUCAUUGACUUUGGUCUGGCCAAGAAAUACCGGGACGCCCGAACGCACCAGCACAUCCCCUACCGAGAGAAUAAGAACCUCACUGGCACCGCCCGCUACGCCUCCAUCAACACACACCUGGGCAUCGAGCAGUCCAGACGAGAUGACCUGGAGUCUUUGGGCUAUGUCCUCAUGUACUUCAACCUGGGCUCUCUGCCCUGGCAGGGGCUCAAGGCUGCCACCAAGAGGCAGAAGUACGAGCGCAUCAGCGAGAAGAAAAUGUCCACCCCCAUUGAGGUGCUCUGCAAGGGAUACCCCUCUGAGUUCUCGACGUAUCUGAACUUGUGUCGCUCGCUGCGCUUUGAUGACAAGCCGGAUUACUCCUAUCUGAGGCAGCUCUUCAGGAACCUUUUCCACCGACAGGGCUUCUCCUACGACUACGUCUUCGACUGGAACAUGCUGAAGUUUGGCGCCAGCAGGACGGCAGAGGAUGGAGAGAGAGAGAGGAGGGAGGGGAAGGAAGGAGAGGAGCGAGCAGGAGGAGGAGGAGGAGGAGGAGGAGGAGGAGGAGGAGGUGGAGGAGGCCAAAGAGGAGCCGGAGGUCGAGCUUUGCCGUCCGGUCCAAACCCGUCUGCAGUCAACAGAGUCAGGAACGAGGGAGAUGCAGCUCCGCCGAACCCGGCCACACGUGGGGUCCAGCAGUCAGGGAACCGUUCUCCUCAGGCGGGGAGGGCAGAGCGGGCCGAGAGGGAGAGGAAGGUGGCCAUGAGGCUUCACCGCGGAGCCCCCGCCAACGUCUCCUCCUCUGACCUCACCGCACGCCUCGACCAGUCGCGGAUCACUGCGUCGCAGGUCAGCGUGCCAUUUGAACAUCUGGCAAAGUGAGUUCCUCCUCACUGGUCAGCAGGUCAGUGGCAGCUGUAGGGUAUCAAACACCCCUUACUUUUCGAGUGGAUGAGUGCAAACAUGAAUGAGUGGAGGAGAAGAUGAGUGGGAGGAAGAGGAGGAGACGUCGGCGUUGCAGACCCUUCCAGGAGGGGGACAGAGGGCGUCCUUGUGUCUGUCGGUAUGCGGUGUGAGCAUGCCCGGUGUUAAACCACGCCGAGACUGAUGGAGGAUAAAA